AUGCGUAUUCCGAGCUUCUCGAGAAUAAAGAGAUCCUAUCAGGGCCAGUUCGAAAGUGUCGAUCAGUUCACUCAUCCGUUUCCAAGCAUGAGAGACAGGUUCAAUUUCAUUCCAUUUUUCCGUCAAUGCCUGGCUCUCUCAUUAUUUUCCCAACAAAAUGCAGAUAAACUGAACAAGGCUAUUUCCGAGCUACCCGACCCAAGAACCGUCAUUGAAAAUCAGUCAAAAACAGAAUCAAUCUGGCUCAAAACUGACCCCCCCCCCUUGUGCCUUGCAUAUGUUUACAGCGCUUGCCGUUCUUCUUUCGUGACAGAUUCUGCUUUUCCUGAUUAG